CACUUCCUGGUAGGUGGAGCUGUCGUCAGUCGUGAAACCACCCAUCGGAGUUGCGUUUCAGUGUUGUGUGCUUUCUGUGAGAAAUCCACCAAAAAUGUUGCCAUUAGCGACUUUUUUUUGUGUGUUAUUUCUAUCAAAUGGACUUUUUAGCGAUGUCUCGGGCCUUCAAGACAGUAGCUUAAACAGCGGGGCUGUGUCCCACUUCGAACCUCAGGUAGCAAUGCUUUGUGAUGCGGGCCCCCAUGGCCAAGAGGCAUAUCAUCCAAAGUAUAUGACAGAGCAAGGGGAAUGGCUCUCAGAUCUCUACUCCAAAGCCACGUGUUUUAAGGACAAAAUGGAUAUUUUGAACUAUUGCAAAAAGGUGUACCCCAAGCGAGAUAUCACAAACAUCGUCGAAAGCAGUCAUUAUUUGAAGAUUGCCUCCUGGUGCAAAGCCGGCUCCACACCUGGGGCACAGGCUAGGGGCAAGUGCAAGACUGCCAGAUGGGUCAAACCGUUCCGGUGUCUAGAGGGUCCGUUCCAGUCGGACGCUCUCCUAGUGCCCGAAAACUGCUUAUUCGACCACAUCCACAACCAGAGCAACUGCUGGACAUUCGGUCGCUGGAAUGCCACUGCAGGCAACGCUUGCCAAGAACGAGGACUCCAACUUCGAUCGUUUGCUAUGCUUCUUCCCUGUGGCAUUUCUUUGUUUAGUGGUGUGGAAUUUGUAUGCUGUCCCAAACACUUCAAAGACAACAUGAAGCCGAAAAAGCCACUGGACUUAACAAUCCUGAAAAAGGACCAGGACAACAUCUUCGACACCAUCGACGACGAUGACUCCACUUCGGACGAAGACGACGACAAGGACGACCUGGACGACCUCGCCGACGACACCGAGCUCGCCGACGACCCCAACAUCGACGACGAGGACGACGAUGACGACGAAUACGACGACUCGGAUUGGGACACCACCCCGUCGAGCACGACGUCCAAACAAUCCACCACCACGACCACCACCACCACCACGGCGAAGACGACGUCAGUGCCGACCCCAGACCCCUAUUUCACGCAUUUCGAUCCGAGAAACGAGCACCAGAGUUACAAGGAGGCGCAGGAACGUUUGGAGGAGACACACAGGGAGAAAGUUACAAGGGUUAUGAAGGAUUGGUCGGACCUGGAGGAGAGGUAUCAGGACAUGAGACAGACGGAUCCACGUGGAGCUGAUGAGUUCAAGCAGAGGAUGACGCAGAGGUUUCAACAGACGGUGCAAGCGCUUGAAGAAGAGGGCGAUGCUGAGAAACAUCAGUUGGCAGCAAUGCAUCAGCAAAGAGUCCUAGCACAUAUUAAUCAAAGGAAGAAGGAGGCCAUGACUUGUUAUACACAAGCGUUGAAUGAUGCGCCUCUCAAUACCCAUCGUGUGCAGAAAUGCCUGGAAAAACUGCUCCGUUCUCUUCACAAAGACCGAGCUCAUGCUAUUAACCACUACCGCCAUCUGUUGGCAAGUAGUUUGGAGGCGGCAGCUCGUGAACAACCGCGCAUUCUCGAACGUUUAACAGACAUUGAUCGUACGGUUAAUCAAAGCAUGCAAAUGUUAAAAAGAUAUCCAGAAUUGGCGACGAAAAUCGGUCAAUUAAUGGAUGAUUACAUCCAAGCUUUGAGAUCAAAAGAUGAAACACCUGGAUCACUUCUAGCGAUGACAACUGAAGCUGAAGCUGCGAUUUUGGAUAAAUAUAAAUCAGAAGUUACAAAUAAACAAGCAGAGAGAGAACGACAAAGGUUGCAAGAGAAGGAGAGGAAGGAACAGAGGAAGAAAGAACGGUCGGAAUUAAGGGAGGAGAAGAAGAGAGUUGAGGCUGUUUUAGGGAAGAAGAUUAGCAAUUUUGAUGAUGAAGACAUGGAAGAUGAGUCGUUGCCAGAAGAAAGGACAACAAUAAUUUCGACCACCGGGAGCUCAACUUUCGACCUUGUGAGCAACUCCAUCCCUACCACAAGCCACCGCGACGCCGUGGACGACGCCGCCGUCCAGCAAGCCGUCGAAGACGUCGCCGCCGUGGUCCACAAACAAGACGUGAUCCGAGUCGCCCAUGCAAUGGCGCAUGACAUCAGCCACGGCGAACCUACUUAUUCAGUCCGACGUGAGGUGUACGGCAGCAAAGACGGCAAAAGUGUUUACUUCACUCUCGCCUUCGCCGGCAUGGCGCUGAUGGCCGCCGUGGUGGUGGGGGUGGGGGUGGCACGGCGCAGGUCCGCACGCUCCCCCCAAAGCCAAGGCUUCGUGGAGGUGGACCAGGCCGCCACCCCCGAGGAGCGGCACGUGGCCAAUAUGCAAAUCAAUGGCUACGAAAAUCCCACCUACAAAUAUUUCGAAGUCAAGGAGUAAUAAACGAUUUGGUUGCGUUUGGUUGGUUAGGUUGGUAUUUUUUACGUCAUUCCAUUCGUUUUAUUACAGUGUACUUAACUAAGCAACUGAUAAUAAUAAUUCGGACAUAUGCAAAAACGUAUUUUCCAAGUCUAAAAAUUAUGAAAUAAGUAAUAAUUUUUGCAUAUGACAGCCAGUCCAUGUUUUACACUUAUUGUAUAAUCUUAAGGCGAGCUGUGGAGUUACAUUGCCUUGGUGUAAUUUUACAGUGGAAGAGUGUAGCUAGAUGUAUGGUACCCUCCAUAAUAUGUGACAGCGUUUCUCUCUUAAGGCCUACGUUUCAAACUUUCAAUAAUGCAGCUAGAGAUUGAACUCAAAAUGACUGAGCUACUAGAAAUUGGCGCCAAUUUUAAAUUAUUUAUGACGUAUGGCAAUUUUCUGGCAAAAUUUUCGUUUUCCUAACUUGAAAAAUUGUCAAAAAGCCGUCAGGUUGGCAUUACCAUAAGUAAUUUUUUGUUGUUAAAGUUGGUACUUUUUUUUACUGUACUACAGUGACCUGAUUUUUUUGUACAAAAUACAAAAUACGAAAAUAACUUUAAAAAUUACAGACAUGUUUUUCGUAUAGUCUGUCAUACUUUUGACAAUUGUCAAAACAUGACUGAUCAGUUUCUUUUUGAUAAUUAAAUGUUUGAAGAGCCUUCUAGAAUUUACAAAACUGUCAACUGUCAAAAUUCAAGGCUAGUAUGUUUUUUUAAAAUGGGACGGCCAUAUUUUUUAACGGCAAUAGAACUAAAGUUGACAUUUAUGGUAAUUUUUAUCAUCACGUUCUAUACCUAUCUCAGUUUUUGAAAAAAAUCACGAGAAACGGAUUUUUUAUAUCAUUACUAUAAUCAUUUUUUGAUUAUCUUUUUAAAAUAAUAAAAAAAAUCAUAGUAGCUUUGCAAUUUGACAGUUGACAAGUUUAAAAAUUUUGGAAGAUUGUUUAAUCGUUUGGUAACAAAUCCAAGAAGAAUUGUGAUGUUCUGAAUGAGAAAAAAAUUGAUAUAUGUCAAAACUCUGACAGAUAUGUGCAAAGUUGGCGCCAUUUUGGAUCAAAUUUAUUGGUUGGAUCAGUGUGUGUGCAAAAUAAUAAGUUUAAAGUUUGUGAUGUAGGCCCUAGAAGAGUCGCCCUGUACUUAAUUAGAAUAUAACAAGUGCAUGUUCAACCAACAAGCUUUUUGUACAAAGUCUUUUUACUUUUUACCAGCUUGCAAUCACCCGAAUUUGGCACAAUCCGAACACUUGUAUGUUUUUUGUUUGAGACAAAACGAAAGAAAUGCAAGUGUUCAUCACAACGAGACGUAUUUUCACGUUGUCGAAAGCUUGAUGAACAAUUGUAGAUAACACAAAUCAUAGAAUUUGUACAAAAGUUGUUGCGUACAUUCUUUUUUUUAAACAUUGCGCGACAAUGAGGCUUCUGACAGCUUAAUGUGUACAGUCUAGAAUACAAAAAAAAAAACAACCAACAACUUUGUCUUACUUUCUCCCGUCUUGUAGGUUUUCAAAAACUAGAUAUGCGAAUGUAAAAUUGAUAAAAGCGUGUUUGAUGUGCAUAUAGUUUAAUACUCGAUUAGAAUUAUUUUUCAAAACCUGUUUCAUAUAAGAAUUAUUGUAUUAUAUUUCUUUUCUACGCGUUUUAUUAGUACGUUUCUCCUCAUCCUGAAGUAACUAGACUAGUUUAGCAUACUUGAUAGUUAAUUAUAUGUUUUGUGGCCAUGUAAUUUUAAAUUUAAUGUAAUAAAGAACUAAAUUAUUA